GUGGUGAAAGCUAAACCUGCAAAGUAAGGUUGUCUUCCCAUGAUCUUGCCUUUGGGAAACCGAGGUUGUGACGUGAUUCUCCCUGCACAGAUCCCGGAUGGAACAGCCAUUGGGGGAAGUAGUGAUUUGGGCUGUACAAUUACUAAGGAGGGUUACAGAGAGGAAAAAAGAACUAAAGUGGUCUUUUGCAGAUAAAAUAUUCUGCAAACAUUUCGGGAACACUGGACUGUGGACAUUUGAAAAUCUGUUUGCGGUUGUGUUAUUUUGGGAUUUGAGUUGCUGUCUGGAGAAGUAACAGUAGCCUUUUUGAACUGUGAAAGUUGAUGUGCUUUAACUUACAGCUAGCUCCAACAAGCUACGUGCAGCUGUGAAAAAAACACUUUGCUUGCCGCUAAACAGUGAACGCAACACGGAGCUGGGAAGACUUUUACUGGCUCCGUUCGUGUCAAGGGGCUUGCUUAUGAAUUAACGUAAUGUCUGCCACAAGCAUUGACCCUCAGAGACCAAAGGGACAAGCAUCUAAAGUACAAAAUGGUUCUCUCCAUCAGAAGGAUACUGUUCAUGACAACGACUUUGAACCUUACCUCCCCGGCCAGUCCAAUCAGAACAACAGCUACCAGUCCAUGACCGACCCAUACCUCCCCAGCUAUUAUGCCCCAUCCAUCGGGUUCCCAUACCCCCUCAGCGAGGCCCCUUGGUCCACAGGCGGAGACCCCCCAAUCCCUUAUAUGACCCCCUAUGGAGCUUUGAGCAAUGGUGACCACCAUUUCAUGCACGACACGGUCUUUGGACAGCCAGGGGGGCUGGGAAGCAGCAUUUACCCCCAUCGCUUCAACUUCUUCCCAGAGAAUCCAGCCUUCUCUGCCUGGGGCACCAGUGGCUCCCAGGGCGGUCAGACCCAGAGCUCUGCUUACGGGGGCAGUUACAGUUACCCACCCAGCUCCCUGGGGGGAACCCUGGUGCCUGAUGGGCAGAGCGGGUUCCACAGCGACACUCUUAGCAAAGCACCGGGCAUGAACAGCCUGGAGCAAGGCAUGGUAGGGCUGAAGAUUGGCACAGGUGAUGCUUCAGGUUCAGGUGUCAAGGCUGUGGGCUCUGUGAUUGGUGGGGGGCCCUCGGUUGCCACAGGCAACAAUGGCACACCCCUCAGCAUGUCCCUCUCCAAGCCUACGUCCUGGGCCGCCAUUGCCAGCAAGCCGGCCAAGCCUCCGCAGCUCAAGUCCAAGAGUAAGGGGGGUAUUGCGACCUUGGGGGGCUCACUGCCCCCUCCACCAAUCAAACACAACAUGGACAUCGGCACCUGGGACAACAAGGGGCCCGUGACCAAACUGGCCUCCCCUCCACACCAUCAACAUCAACAUCAACACCAACACCAUCAUCCAGAGCAGCAGCCACUGCCCAACUCCCACUCCCACCCCCUGCAGCCACCUAUCCAGCAGCCUCCCCUCCAGCACCCCCAGUCUCUGGUCCAGCCCCAGAUGUCCCUGGCCAUGCCCCCACCUGCACACCAGCCCUCCUUGCAACCCCCUCCUCAGCCUUACCAGAACCACACCCAGCCCCCUCUCCCUCAGACACGCUGGAUUGCCCCGCGCAACCGUAACCCGGGCUACGGCCAGAGCUGUGGGGGUGGAGCGGCCGGGUUGGAGGGCGGCACUCUCCCGCUGGGUGUUCUCGGCGGGCCGGGCGCCUUUGGGAUGGCCGGGCCAGACCCUCACCCUGUGCUGGAGAAGCUGCGCUCCACCCACAGCUACAACCCCAAGGACUUUGAUUGGAACCUGCGCAAUGGGCGCGUGUUCAUCAUCAAGAGCUACUCCGAGGACGACAUCCACCGCUCCAUCAAGUACUCCAUCUGGUGCAGCACGGAGCACGGCAACAAGCGAUUGGACGCCGCCUUCCGCUCAGUCGGCGGCAAGGGCCCCGUCUACCUGCUCUACAGCGUCAACGGCAGCGGGCACUUCUGUGGCGUGGCCGAGAUGCGCUCACCCGUGGACUACAGCACCAGUGCGGGCGUCUGGGCGCAGGACAAGUGGAAGGGCAAGUUCGAUGUGGCCUGGCUCUUUGUGAAGGACGUGCCCAACAGCCAGCUGCGCCACAUCCGGCUGGAGAACAACGACAACAAGCCCGUCACCAACUCACGCGACACCCAGGAGGUGCCCCUGGAGAAGGCCAAGCAGGUGCUGAAGAUCAUCACCACGUACAAACACACCACUUCCAUCUUUGAUGACUUCUCACACUAUGAGAAGAGGCAGGAGGAGGAGGACGAAGUGCGUAAGAGCUUGCAUACAGAGCCUGUACCCAUCCAAAACCGGUCUCGACUGGAUCAGGAGCGCCAAAAUAGAAACAAACCAUAGAAGACUGUUUCUCCCCAUCUUCCUCAGCUAUUAUAUUCUCAACUGACAUUUCUUUCAAGCGGAACACAGGAGAAUGAAUAUUGAAAUCAAACACAUUUUUUUUUUCCUUAUUUAAUCUUGGUGAAUUUCAGCCAACAUUGUGACGCAAGCUUUUUUGCUCCAGGUACCUCCUCUUGCGCAGGGAUAUAACAAGCUGAGUUUGUGUGUCACAUAAUCACACCAAUUCUCAUUUUCUUUGUUUGUCUCGUUUUUCUUCUGCUUAGAUCGUCCCCCGCCCCGC